AGAUCAGUCCCACUUGGCGGAGCUUUCGGGGAUGACGAGCGGAUCCGCGUCCUCCGUGCCUCCGUCUGAACAAGUUGGCGGGGUCUGAUGUUUCCCCGCCGAGCGUCGUCUGGGAGAGAAUGCCUCUUCUCGUUCUUGCGACUUUAUUCGGAGUCCUUCUCGACGCAGGAGAUGCCCUUCAGAUCCAGUGUUACCAGUGUGAGGAGAUGAAGCACAAUGACUGCUCCACGCCUGAGUACAUCGUCAACUGCACCGUCAACGUACAGGACAUGUGUCAGAAGGAGGUGCUGGUCAAACCUGAUGGAAUACAUUAUCGGAAGUCCUGUGCCUCCUCUGGGGCUUGCCUCAUUGCCUCCUCUGGCUACCAGCAGUUCUGCACCGGGAGGCUGAACUCCGUCUGCAUCUCCUGCUGCAACACCCCGCUCUGCAAUGGGCCUAAGAGGAAGCGCCCCGUACCCUCGGCGGCGAUGCCAAACCUACAGACGAACCAGCCUCUUCAUCUCCUCCUGAUCUCGUUCCUGCUGCCACUGAUGCUCCUCCCGCGGACGUAGACGGUCCCACCGUAUUUCCACCGUUCACCCUGGAGCCUGGACCUGCGAUCAUUGCUGUGGUAUGCUGAAGGAGCAGACUUGGACACCAUACUGGCAUUGUAUCAUCUCAGCGUCAUGGAGAACAGUGAAUCUGAUCGAUAUAGCACAACAACAACAACCCAGAAUGACACUGCAGAACCGGAAACCGGAAGUAUACCGAGCUUUCUCAAUCAUGUAUUGCUCUUGUUGCCAAAGAAGGACAAUCCAGUCUGCGACCGAGGCAUCUUUCAAUUUCUUUGCUUUUUGUGAAGUGGAGCGUUUUGUGAAGAAUCUGCUCUGAAGUUGUUUUCUGGUUAUUACAUGGUGUAAAGGUAGUGGUUACUGUAGAAAAUAAUAUUUUGAAGCUUUUAUUCUCUGGGCUUUAUUGGAAUUAUGGUUUGACGCAGCAGUGUUAGUUUUGUUUUUCGUGUUGAUGCUGUUGCUGUCGCUGCUCAGACUACUCGAUUUUUCUUAUUUCAAACUGAUUACAACGGAACUGACCUUACGAAUCCAAACCCCACUUACAUUCUUCAUAUGUUAAGAUGAAGAAGGUACUUUGUUUCAGGCAAAUAAGGACUGAUAUAUGAGGUGUCUUUCAGCAUAUUAUCCUGUCAUAUUUAUGCAUAUUUUCCACCACCAUACAGUAUUGACUGACAUUCUACUACCGGGAGUAUGAAGAAUGCUGAAAUGGUUUUGGAAAGCCUAUUUGUGUUUUUAUUCAUCCACUAUCAUCAAAUUGGUUGGCUUAAUUCUGCCAUGUGAGCACUUUAUUAGAGAUACUGUAGAGACAUUAAUAUUUCAUAUAUUACUUUUUCGAAAUGAGAUAUUGAACUGUCUUAGAACUAAACAUUAUAAAAUUUGUGUUACAUUGACAUAGUGCAGUAUAAAAACAACCUAUAAGCACAAAUACAUUCUUUUCAGGGUGAUAUCAACCAUAUUUCCCUUUAAAUUUAUACUAGCUUAGAACGAAAGAGAGUCAAACAUAUGCCCAAACCAUAGUUAGUGAUGCAUGUAGCCACUGUGGUACACCUAAUAGUGUAAUUUAUAAUCUAAUGAAAACUAAUUUGACAUAUGGAUCAUAUUUCCAUGUUCAGGUGGACAUGAUAGGAAAUUUACAUGCUUACAUUUCCCUCUAAAUCGUUUAGUUACCUAUUUAUUUUUUUCAUGUAUUUAUUUAUUUGUAUCGUGAAGUUUUAUUUGACUGCUUGCAUUAUUUUUUCCAGCCUGUAAAGUAGUAUAUUGAUAUGUAGUGAAUGUGCCGUAGGCAACAACAACGCAGACACUCGCUCACUGCAUUUUAAUGCCACAGAUGAUGGUCUGGUCUAAGGUCUAGAGCAGAGCAAAAAGAAUUUGCUUUGAGGUUCCAUCUGACGAUUUCAUUAGACCUUGACUUCACAUUAUUAUGAUAUGAAUGUUGUAAAAUAUUCCGAUACUUGUUUCAGAGCAUCAUUUGAUUGUUAUGGAGGCAAAACAAAAAACAUUUACAGUUUCAGACAGAGACGGACCAUCUGAUAAAUGUUCAUGCCGUUUUUGUUUUUUUUUUUCAUUUUACUGGUCUUCUGUGAAGAGUAACACUGUAUUCUGCUGGUAUGUGAUGUAAAUAAAUGUUGCAGA